AUGGUAUCUGGAGCUGGCGAAAUAUACAAAGAAAUUCGGCAAAUUCUGGGGAUCUCCCCGAUCGUCAACGAUUCCGCUCGACACCUCGUUGCACACAUCGGAAAACACGUUGAUAAGGACCCUAUCAACAUUCACUUGUACUACCAAGAAUACACCAUGGACGUGAUCGCCAGAAUCGCCAUGGGCGUGAAGGGCAGCCAGCAGUGGAACAGUCAAUAUCCCGAGAUAUUGAGAGGGUUGUUCGACCGCAACAUGAAAGAGCCGUUCUACCUGAUGCUGACCGUGGCUCCGUUCUUGAAACCGAUCCUGCAACCCAUUUUCUUGCGCCUCGCCACAAUCCUGAAGCUCCCGAUCGGCAGGCUGUACGCGCAGAUUGAAAUUGCCGUCGCCGAACGGAAAAAGGCUAGGGCUGCCGGCAACAUCACCAACGACGACUUUAUCGAUAUGUUUUUGAGCGCAGAAGCCACAAUUGAUCACUCGCAGGAGGGGUCUUUUGAUCGCCGCGAUCCUACCAUAGCUAAAAAGUUGACGACGGAAGAGGUAAUCGCUCAAUGCUUCGUCUUCCUCCUCGCUGGCUUCGACACUACGGCCAACACCCUGGCUUACGUCUCGCAUUUCUUGGCGUUAAAUAAGGAUAUUCAAGAUCGAUUACGCGAGGAAAUCGAUCACGUUUGUACCACCGAGGAAGUAUCCAACGAGCAACUAGCCGAACUAAAGUUUAUGGAUUGCGUGACGAAAGAAGGGCUACGCCUCCAUCCUCUGGCCACUGUCGCUGUCGCCAGAGUGGCGGAAGAGGAAUGUGAAAUCGCGGGGAUUUCGAUUGACAAGGGCACGAUGGUCCAGAUUGACGCCUACACUCUGCAGCGAAGCAAAGAAAUCUGGGGCGCCGACGCGGAGGAGUUCGUGCCAGAUCGGUGGAUGAACCCAACCAGGGAGCAACAGAUGGCCUACCUCCCGUUUGGAGGCGGACCUCGCGUUUGUGUAGGCAGCCGACUGGCCUACACCGAGGAGAAGAUGGCCCUAGUGCAAUUGCUAAGGAAAUACGAGUUGCAUCCGGUACCGAAUCCAAAGGAAAUGGAGCUCCGCGGUCCGAUCACAAUCUCGCCAGUUUCCGUCGAUGUUCUGAUCCGGAAACGAGCC